UUGCUCUCUCUGUCUUCUCUCUCUUUUUUUCCGAUGCUUGAAUAGAAGUGGACCAAAAAGUCUUUGUAUGUCCUGGGACUCUAUUAAGGGUGCAGGCAGCAAGUUUGCUGCAGGAGGCAGAGCAUCAGUCGGGGGCAUGGUGUAAGGAUCCCCUCCAGUCUGGUGACCGUCUUUACGUCAUGCCCUGGACUCCGUACCGCACAGACAUGCUGUACGAGUAUGCUUCAUGGGAAGACUUCAAGCAGAAUCGAGCCACGACCACUUACAAGCUGCCAAAUCGUGUGGAUGGAACAGGCUUUGUCGUGUAUGAUGGUGCCGUUUUUUACAACAAGGAACGUACACGCAAUAUUGUGAAAUACGACUUGCGCACACGUAUCAAGAGUGGAGAAGCAAUAGUCAAUAAUGCCAACUAUCAUGACACCUCACCGUACCGCUGGGGGGGCAAGUCUGAUAUUGACCUCGCAGUGGAUGAAAACGGUUUAUGGGUCAUCUACGCUACCGAGGCCAACAAUGGACGACUUGUGGUCAGCCAGGUUAACCCCUACACUCUGCGCUUCGAGGGGACCUGGGAGACGAGCUUUGAUAAGCGACUGGCGUCCAAUGCUUUUAUGGCAUGUGGUGUUCUAUAUGCUGUCCGCUCUGUUUAUCAGGAUGACGACAGCGAAGCAGGUGGAGAUCUGGUGCUGUAUGCGUACAACACCAACCGAGCACGGGAAGAGCCCGUCCACAUCCCAUUCCCCAACCCCUACCAGUAUGUGUCCUCUGUGGAUUACAACCCACGAGACAAUCAACUUUAUGUCUGGAAUAACUACAAUGUGCUGCGCUACCCCCUAGAGUUUGGCCCACUGGAUCCCACUGCUGGUCCACUCGACCCCACUCAGAUGAGCAGCAGCAGCACCACCGCAGCCAGACCUGUCACUUCUAGCUCCAUCCCCUCAACCAUGCGACCUCUGCCCCCAACUGCUCACCCAAUAGGGGCCAUCAACAAGGCACCAGACUUGCGACCUAUCACCGCCACUGUGCCGGUGACUCGCAGACCCCUGCGUGUCCCACCACAGGGUCCCGAGCUCCAAGUGUGCGAAGCCAGAGUAGCCCGAGGGGUGCAGUGGCCUGCCACCCAGAGGGGGGAGACGGUAGACAGGCCAUGCCCGAAAGGAUCACUAGGCAUCGCAUCCUUUCAGUGCCUGUCCUCUCCUGUGCUGUGGAGUCCUCGCGGCCCUGAUCUCAGUAACUGCACCUCGCCGUGGGUCAACCAGGUGGCCCAGAAGAUAAAAAGCGGAGAGAAUGCUGCAAACAUCGCUGCUGAGCUGGUAAACCACACGCAGGGCCGCAUUCACGCCGGUGAUGUCAGUUCCUCUGUCAGACUCAUCGAGCAGCUAUUGGAUAUAUUAGACGCACAGCUGCAAGCACUCAGACCCGGGAAUAAGGAAUCGGCAGCCAGGAACUACAAUAAGUGUGCACAGGAAUACCCUCUAAACUCACAACCUUGA